AUGAAAGCCGGCUCCGCCUCUCUACUAUUCUUACUCAUCAACCUGCAAAUUAUGAGCGAGCGGCCAGAAGAAGGAGGUCGUAGCAGUCGUAGACCGUCAUUACCACCCAUUCUCUUCCCGCCAAGAUCGCUGAAAGAGGAACGAAAUCAACGAGUGCACACUUUGGAAAGAAAGACUUCCAAUCCCUACUUUCAGCCCGCUCUCGCGCCGAGAGAAAGCAUGCAACGAGAGUCUAGUGCACGCGAAGCUUCACCUCCCAGACGCAAAAAGAAUGUCCCAGUACCUUCACAAGGUGCCAGCGGCCCCGAGGGUGGUGCGGAUGGAAGCGGAGUUGGUAGUAGUGCUGGUGCCAAAGUCGAGAACGUUGCUUAUCCCACGAUCAAUCCGCCGAUACCUGGUCCUUAUUCGCGCUUUGAGCACUUCCAAAGCCAAGGGUCAGGGCCGCCAGGAAGGUCUAGUGGCUUUGGCUCGCCAGAUCGACCGAUUUGGACCUCUUCCACAUCCUUUGCUCAGCCAGGCUUCGCGAGACUGCAGCCCUAUCCGCACCAGCUGCCGAGCGUUAUCCACCGCCCGCCGUACUCACCGAGCGAGCGCAGUGGCCCAUCAGGAGUCGCGUAUCCAGCACCAGACCCGAACAGCACAGAGAACGGCAACAACCGGAGGCGAAGCGACAUUCCGGGUAGCUCUAGCAGAGACAUGCUGGCUGAGUCCACGUCUCUCCUACCGGCAAAGCAAAGGAGAGUGACGAUCGAUGGGUCUAGAGACAGCCACCAAUCGCAGUUCCAUCGCUCAUAUGACGGAACGGCCCCUCGAGUAACUUACUCGCUGAGCGCUCGCUUCGAUGAAGCCGGGGCAUCGAGGCACGGUGAGUGUCGACGUGUUGGUGAGCCGGGACUGGCGAUGCCCAUGAUUCAGGAGCGCACACAUCUGCUUGCACCUGCAAAGGCGGAGCGCUUCUCCGAGCGUUCCAAACCAACAGCGGGGCUGACUCUUGCCCAUCACCAUCGCUGCCUCAGACGGCGAGCGCAGCGUCUCUGGCCUGCCUCGAGACGCCGCGAUGACUCUCUCAAGCGCUGUCGAAGAUCCUAGCUACGACGACUAUGGCGAUGUGGGCGAGCCUUCGUCAGCACACAGCACGGCCGCCCAAAGGGAGCUCUUGUCCUCCCGACGAGCUGCGCAAAAUCGAAAAGCGCAGAGAGCUUUCAGAGAAAGAAGGGAUGCGCGCAUGCGAACGCUCGAGCAUCGCAGCGAUUACCUCAACGAAUUGUGUCAUUACGUGGGUCGGCUGCAGGAGUAUGCAGAGGACCUGAGGCGUGAUCUAGCUCGCAAGGGCGUCACCUGCCCCGAGAUGCCCCAGGUACCUGUGGCACCGAGCAGCGUCAUGAUGGAAGGCUUUGAUUUGCCUAUUCCGAGCCAGACUGGGGCUCGUGCAGUCACGACUCCCAUAGCGUCACACCUGCCAGUCACUCCGCCUCCGAACUUGCCGAGUAUACCAGCGCUUUAUGAGCAAGAGCAACCUUUUUCGCGCACACUUCCGCCUCUAAGCCAACGGAGGAGCACACAAAAUGAUGACUAGAAGACGUCUCCCUUUCAAGUUACCUAUUUGCAACCUGUUCAAAGUCACGUCACAAGGGCCAACAUGCAGCCUCUCAUGCCAUCCGCAACAUUUUUACUACUGCGCUUCACAUCUUCAUCAUUUUGUAGCCCACAAUUCAUCUUUGCGCAGCUCGCUAGUUUCACCUCGCGCUGUUGCGUACGUGUGAGUCAAGAGUCAAGAGUCUUUUAGAGUGCUGGUAAGUCUGAGUCAAGAGUUAAGUCUCAUGAGUGUUGCUUGGGGCCGCAAGUCUUCAGGCAGAUCACGUGUUUUUGUUCACUCACGUGAUUGGCGACCCACAAAAGUUCCUGAGUUUUUAUGUAUAUCUUUUCGAUUCAAAAUUGUGAUUAUUGAUUAGGAUUUUGGAAUUCGUCGUUCGUGAGAGUUGAGUGGUUUGACAAUCACGACAACAGCAUUCAUGGUUCAACAUUAUACAAACACGGUUGUGAUUUGCAGGCCAGCUCCACAUCCUGAUCUUGCGUGCCAUGGAUUUUGAAUCCUAAGUUUCGAGAAGGUGAGUUCCGUGUUGGACUCCGCUGGAGUCGUGAGUUGGAAAUCCACCAUAUCAAAUGGCCGCGCCAAGAAUUUAUCAAAGAUUCAUCAAAACUUGGAUGGCAAGGCCCCGCGUCUCCGAUGUAAGGAUAGACGGGAGCAUUUGUGACUACAUCCCAGUGGCUCAAGUGGCGUGCCGACGGAGGCACUGUGCAAAGCGUCGGACAGGCCAGGCGCAGGUGCCUUCUCCGCCCUGUCUGUGCCUCGCUUCGAGCGCGAAUUAAAGAGGCAGGGGUGGAGAUCGAUCAUCAAAGGCCUGUCGCUCACAUCUACCUUCACGCCCAGAGCAAGCGCUUCUUGCAGCAAUGGACUCGGGGUCGAGUGGACGAUCCACUAGCUCGCCAUCUGCACACUUUACGGAACGGCAUCUGACGCCGCAGCUUGUCGGCGAAGAGCAGCGUGCUUCGUCGCAGGCGCUGCUUAGCUCCCACUCCGUCAUUCGCCCAUCACGCCUACCUCAUCCGGUGAGUUAGUGAUUACUGUCGAAUUCACUAAGCAUUGUCAAGCGCCCUGAAUAUACCCAAACCGAGCUCACUCAAAGGGACCCCCCUUGACUCUGUAUCCGCUCGCGUAUGCUAGGCACUGGUCUCGAUAGUCACUUCGCAAGCAACAGCAUACUACUCUGCCCGGUCUCAUUUGCCGCAUGCACCCACCAUAGUGUCGGAUCAUCGCGACGUCACCGGAAAUGGUACAAAGAAAAGACGGCUCAAGAGCAGACGAGGCGGGCCUGAAGGUCGCUGGAUAGGCGAUGCAGAGAGCUGGGGCAUGCAUCAUGACCCCGCACACAGCGACCAGGACACCACAGAGGAAGAUGACGACUCAGAGGAGGAAGAAUUGUCCGAAACCGUUGCCGAUUCCGAAUUUGACCCGGAGACAUCCGGCGAAGAGGUGAACCGCAGCCCGCGACGUACCAGCCGACGCGCGCCCCGCCAUGGAGGCUCCGAGGCUUUCGACCAGGGUGUUGAGGUAUCGAAUGGUGCAGACGGAGAUGCUGGCUCAGGUCCCGACUUCUCUGCCGACGAUGCUGUGGAUGGCUCGCGAUCACAGCCGCGCCCCAACAAGCGUCGGAAGGGGAAAAGCCCUUUACGGUCGCGCGAGAGCAGUGCCUCUGCUUCGGAUGCCUCGGACGAUGUCGACGCUCCCAAACGCAAACUUGCGAAGGGCAAGCGAAAAGACGAGCCACGUACCCGAUCGGAUCCGACCCAGGCAAGCGUCGAGCGACUUGCUAGAAUGAAUGCUAAACGCGGCUUCGGAAAGCGCUCCGCAUUUGAUCGCUUCGAAAUCAGUGCCGCUCUUGUGGCAGGUGAGUACACCAGCUAUCUUGCACAGUAGUGAUGCACGCGGAUCGAUAGGAUGCGAGGAGAAGCAGGAAGCUGUUGCCGCCAUAUUCCGGUGACGCGGACCUCUGCGGGAAAUUUUCUGACUCUCCUUCACUGCGAUCCAAUUUUCAGCUACGUAUCUGUCCGUCCUCUCCCAGAAUAGGUCAAAGCGAGCCUUUGCUCUAUCAUCCUCCUCACCAUACGUCCCUGCAGCCAAAGCCAAAGGGGUUCUUCGAAAUCAUCUGGGCCUGAAUAGGCUUGCCUUGAGUUCAGGCAUUGCGUCUUCCCUUCCCCACGACCAGGAUGCACAGCUGAGCGGCGAUGAUGCGAGACCUGAGCCAGCAUCUGGUACAUCCGGGGCCGCAACCGCAGCACCUGCUGUUGUGACAGUGCCCGUUGGUGCAACAGAUCGUCUUUCUCAAGAAGAGCCGCUGCAAAGGCCCAAGUUCGAGGACUUCGUGACGCACAAAGCCUCGGACGCGGCGCCCUUCGAUUGGCCAACGCAUAGUGAAAAGGCUUUCGCUGAUUUCCAGCGUCAGCUCAAGUCGUACGAUAUUGAAAGGCUGAACAGGCAAUCGCGUAAUCGUCGCAAGCGCGAACGACGAGAGCAAGAUCAAAGUCGCCAAGCUCCAGAGCAAGCGCAGCAGAACGGCCAGGAUGAGAACGGGGAGCACGCUUAG